AUGGUGUUUCUGUCUGAACAACUGGAGGAGGACAGCACGACCGAGACACCAGGAGAGGACAGCGCGACCGAGACACCAGGAGAGGACAGCGCGACCGAGACACCAGGAGAGGACAGCGCGACCGAGACACCAGGAGAGGACAGCGCGACCGAGACACCAGGAGAGGACAGCACGACCGAGACACCAGGAGAGGACAGCGCGACCGAGACACCAGGAGAGGACAGCGCGACCGAGACACCAGGAGAGGACAGCGCGACCGAGACACCAGGAGUGGACAGCGCGACCGAGACACCAGGAGAGGACAGCGUGACCGAGACACCAGGAGAGGACAGCGCGACCGAGACACAAGGAGUGGACAGCGCGACCGAGACACCAGGAGAGGACAGCGCGACCGAGACACCAGGCGUGACCGAGACACCAGGAGAGGACAUUGCGACUGAGACACCAGGAGAGGACAGCGUGACCAAGACACCAGGAGAGGACAGCGCGACCGAGACACCAGGAGUGGACAGCGCGACCGAGACACCAGGCGUGACCGAGACACCAGGAGAGGACAUUGCGACUGAGACACCAGGAGAGGACAGCGUGACCGAGACACCAGGAGAGGACAGCGCGACCGAGACACCAGGCGUGACCGAGACACCAGGAGAGGACAUUGCGACUGAGACACCAGGAGAGGACAGCGUGACCGAGACACCAGGAGAGGACAGCGCGACCAAGACACCAGGAGAGGACAGCGCGACCAAGAACCGUGUACCAGAGGAUUGUGCUCCAGACAAAUGUGCUCUAGGUGAUGACUGUGCACCAGGUGAGGACUGUGCACCAGGUGAGGACUGUGCACCAGGUGGGGACUGUGCACCAGGUGAGGACUGUGAGCCCAGCUGA